UCCUACGGUUCUGUAAUGACUCAGACAGGACGUCAGGCCGAGCGCCUCUUGCGCCUCACCAUCAAACUCUACAAAGGGCAAGCCCGCCAGGGUGGAGAGGGCCACGACUUUGCCCGCGACUACGUGGUCAAAGCGGCCAAGCUGCAUGCGAAGCAUGGUAUCUACGCCUACCAGCAGUGCUACUCCCCGCCAGCCUAUCGGACCUUCGUCGACGAGAUGAGCCGCCGCAACAACCGCGGCUGGGUGAUUGAUGACCACGACGUAACCAUCGAAUUCUACUUCCGCAGCUUCGAGGAACUCAACAAGGUCAACCACGACCCGGAGUUCCAGGCGCUGCAGGCCAGCGAGGAGCCCUACGUCAACCGGGCGCACACCGUGGUCUCGCUGUCGUGGAUCGAGAAGUACGUCGACAAUACUGAGGUGGUCAACAUCGUGGAUGAUAGGUCGACCUACCCCGGUUACGAUGAGUUGUUGGAUCUGUCCACUGCGCUGCCGACGGGAUCGGCGGCAUGGGCGAAGAAGGAGGACUAG